AGGUGACUAAAUUGAUUACUGAUCCCGAUCUUCCGUGCAAUUUUCAGUCCUUUUAUUUGUGAUUUUUCCUUCAAAAUCGACAUGGAAAAAAAAUCAGAGACAACUUACACGCUUGAAGAAGUGAAGAAACACAAUGACAGUAAAUCUUCGUGGUUAGUUAUCCAUGACAGAGUGUACGAUGUCACAAAAUUCCUGGAAGAGCAUCCUGGUGGUGAAGAAGUCUUGUUAGAACUUGCUGGUGCAUUCGCAACAGAAUCUUUCGAAGAUGUUGGACACUCUGCUGAUGCGCGGGAACUUAUGAAAGAUUACGAUAUAGGAAGUUUAGUGGAGGAUGACAGAGAAGUCUCAACAUCUACAAAUAAAGACGGUUUCCCACAAGGUGAAGGAGGAAGCUCCUGUGUCAUCAGCUAACACAAGAUUUUGCCAAUGUGCCUUGAUGAGUUGGAUUAUACCCCUCGGCCUCGCCCUCGCUGCUGCUCUAGUUUACCGAUUUGUCACCGCUGGCCAGCAGCAAAGUUAACAAGAAAUUGAACAUAUGCACGGCAGCAAGUUAUAAUGUGAAAGGACGCGAGUGAUAGAUGAUAAAAGGACUUGAUUGAUUGAGAAAAGGACUGAUUCAAAUCUAUUUGAUUAAUCAUGCAGAAUUCAGCUCGAGGUUAUGUCCAUUUGUUAUUUAUUUUGGCAGGUUUAAAAUGGAGGAUGGGAAAGAGAAAGUUGAUUCCAAAGCUAUGUAGAUUUCUGUAGAUAACAUGCCUUAUGAUUCUUUUUGAUGUAAGGUUCAAGGAAUAGGCUGGGUUGUCCAAAACGAUAAUCUCUGACUGAAUAUGAAACAGUUUUUCUAACAGAAGCAAUAGUUGGUUCAUUGAUUUAAUUGCACAACUCUUCAUUUUGGAUGUUAAAACACUUUAAACAGAUAAUUCUUGAAGCAUUGUAUAAAUGGUCAAUAUGUUAUCAUUGUGCAGCAAAUUCAUAGGCCAUUAUCAUUCCUGCCCAGUCUAACUCCUCUGACUCUGCUAGCAUAUUGAUCGAGUAUAAAGUUAACGGCCCGAGGACAUUUUUGUCAUUUUCAGAACCUUUUGACAUUUGGUAGACAGAUGGUCUGGUGUACAGAGGAUCUGAACCUUUCGUUGACUGGGUCUCUGCUGUGGAGGUUGGUGGUCCUAAUAUGACUCUGUUAUUGUAGCAUUGUGAGGAAUGCUGGAGUAAGAGUAAGAGUUUGGAGUUAGAUUUGGGCACUUGAGCCAAAGCUAUAUUAUAUAACUUCAUAGAGAAAUAAAAUAUCAUCAUUAUGUAUGAAUGAAACACAA